CUCAUUUAUAUAUAUAUAUAAAUAAAAUUAUAAAAACUCACCACCUUCCCUCCUCUCCUUAACAUUUUCCAUAAAGAUUUGUUUUCUUUUUUUAUUCUUUUAUUAUUUGGUUUUCUUCUUUUUCCAUUUCCUCUCCCAAUUCUGUUCUAUAAUCAUCUUGCAAGAUUUGGAAAGAAAUCUGGUCGGAUCUUGCUUGUGGGUUGUGGACUUUGUUGGGUUUCAUUUCAAUACAAAAAAGCUCAACCCUUUCUCUUCCUCCUCUCCCACUUCUUCCUUUACAUCUUAGGAACAGAAGCCAAAAUGCCAAUCUAAAAUACAGGAGGACAAAAAAAGAAGAGCAUUCCUUUUAUUGGUCUUCUCCUUUCAUUGUUCUUCUUGAGUAGUGUUUUGGAUCUUCAAUUUGCUGCAAUGUCUAUAACAGCAGACUCAAAGUUUCAUGUUUUAGCUGUUGAUGACAGCUUAAUAGACAGAAAACUCAUUGAGAGGCUCCUCAAGAUCUCAUCAUAUCAAGUUACUACAGUUGAUUCUGGUAGUAAAGCUCUAGAAUUUCUGGGUUUACAUGAAGAUGACCAAAGCAACCCGGAAACACCUUCUGUUUCUCCAAACAAUAAUCAGGAAGUGGAAGUGAAUCUUAUUAUUACAGAUUACUGUAUGCCUGGCAUGACAGGCUAUGAUUUGCUCAAGAAAAUAAAGGAAUCAUCAUCUCUGAGAAACAUACCAGUAGUGAUAAUGUCAUCUGAGAAUGUUCCUUCAAGAAUCACUAGAUGUUUAGAGGACGGAGCAGAAGAGUUUUUCUUGAAGCCAGUACAAUUAUCAGAUUUGCAUAGACUUAAACCUCAUAUGAUGAAAACAAAAAUAAAGACCCAAAAACAAGAAAAUGAAGAAAUCCAAGAACUGCAACCACCACCACCACCGCCGCCGCCGCCACCACAACAACUACCCAACAAUAGCAAGAGGAAGGCUAUGGAAGAAGGGCUUUCACCGGAUAGAACAAGACCCAGAUACAAUAACAUCACCACUGUGGUCUGAUAAAUCUUGAGGGCCUUUAUUAUGAUUAUUAUUAAAUUUUUUUCUCCUUUUAACAAUGUUAUCCAGAUAAUCAUCUUCUUCCUUUUCCAUUGAAGAAUUUAGUGGUGGUUGACACAGGCUCAAUAGGAGUGUAGAGAUAGAGCUGUUUCAUGUAUACAUUUUACAUGAAAAUUUUUCACUCCAAUUUUGAUUUGCUAAUAA